AUGUCACUCUACUUCCACCCGAGAACCUCUUCGCUUUUCGACGAAUUGCUGCGUAAAAUGGCCAUGGAUACUCCGUUUCCGGAAAACUCUUCUGCUUUUUCCGCUGGCUCUGAGGUAAGAUUUCCCCGUAAUUCCAUUAAUUUUCCCACUUUUUUCAGAUUGUCAACAACGCGGAAAAGUUCGCCCUGAAUCUAAACGUGUCGCAGUUCAAACCGGAAGAGUUGAAGAUCAAUUUGGAGGGCAGAAAGCUAACGAUCCAAGGGGAGCAAGAGGUGAAAUCGGAGGACGGCUACUCGAAGAAGUCCUUCUCCAGAACCAUUUUGCUGCCGGAAGACGUCGAUUUGGCCGCCGUCGCUUCGAAUCUCACUCACGAAGGCGUUCUGUCGAUUGAGGCCAAGAAAUUGGAGGCGAUUCAGGGAAGAUCCAUCGCCAUUCAGCAGGCCGGCCCGGACACUCAAUAA